AUGGCCGAAUCAAAGGGUAAAGACCAUGAAAUUGGUGACUCAAACCAUUUGGUUGAUCAAACUAAGGAACCUGCUUGCUUUGAUUUACUUGGGAAAACCAAGCAUGAUGUCCUCAUGGAAGAGCCCCAAAAGGAGAACAAAGAAGACCUUCGACGCCUACAUAGCCAAUCUAGCUCGCCGGAUGAUGAGGAACUUGAAAGCGAACGAAAGAAGAACAAGAAAGAUGACGAUCAUGAAAACGAUAUCCAAGUCGUUGAUGUAGUGGUAGAUGUACAUGAGAAAAAAGGGUUUUUGGAUAACAUAAAAGCACACCUUCAUGGACAACACAAAACCGAAGAAGGCAAUCUAAUUUCUGAGGAGAAGCGUCACAUAGAUGGAUCGCCAAAGAAAGAAACCAAAGAGAAAAAAGGGAUUUUAGAGAAGAUCAAAGAGAAGCUUCACAAGAAUGGUGAAGGAGAACUUGAAGAGAAGAAGGAUAACUGA